AUGCAUGGGCUGCCCAUCACGACCCUCAUUCACCUCCUGGUUGCAUAUCUCUUCGAAAACGCCGUUUGGGAGAGGCGAAAGAUCGCCUCGAAAGUGAAGAAAGUCGGGAUUGCAGGGCGGUCAAGCCCUCGUUUCGUCCUCCGUUUGGCACGAUUCCGCCUUCCUAAACGGACCGACACGGACCACCGACGCGGACCAGAGUCGUUACGUCAUUGGAAAGUCAAGAACCGGGCGGUCCCACUUGAGGAAUGUGAGGCGGGGAUCUAUUUCGCCGAGAGCAGUGGUAAUGCGUCGAAUAAGAGUGGAUCGGGGGGAAAUGAAGAGCACCAGCAACCUACGGAACGCUGGACGCCGUCCGCCGUACACACCUACAGGAGUGCUGCACGGGUGUGGACGGGUUCAAAGGCUCGAGUUUGA